CACGCUAUUACCAAAUCAGCUGUUACGCCAAACACGACCGAGAACCAGUCCACGAACCAACGCCCAUCCGCGGCGGUGUGUCCCCAUCCAUGGCGCAGCAGCAGCUUCUGCAGCCGCAGCAGAGGCGCGUGCUCCGCGUGUCUCGUCCGGGCUCGGUAGGAGGGGACGGAGAGGCGUUCCCGACGGUGCAGGCCGCGCUGGACGCUGUGCCGCUGGGCAACAGGGCGCGCACCGUCAUCCGCCUCGCGCCCGGGGUGUACAAGGAGCCCGUCUACGUCCCCAAGACCAAGAACUUCGUCACCCUUGCCGGCGCCUCCGCCGAGGCCACCGUCAUCUCCUGGGACAACACCGCCACCCGCAUCAAGCACGACCAGACAUCCAGGGUUAUUGGGACAGGAACAUUCGGCUGUGGAACAGUUAUUGUGGAGGGAGAGGAUUUCAUUGCAGAGAAUAUCACAUUUGAGAACUCAGCUCCCCAGGGAUCCGGGCAAGCAGUCGCAGUCCGGGUAACAGCAGAUAGGUGUGCCUUCUAUAGUUGCCGGUUUCUUGGUUGGCAAGAUACGCUAUAUUUACAUUAUGGAAAACAAUAUUUAAGAGACUGUUACAUUGAAGGUAAUUGUGACUUCAUCUUUGGUAACUCUAUUGCCCUUCUGGAACAUUGCCAUAUCCAUUGCAAAUCGGCGGGGUAUAUUACUGCCCAUAGCCGGAAAUCCUCUUCAGAAUCAACUGGCUAUGUAUUCUUAAGGUGUAUUAUUACUGGAAAUGGAGAAGCUGGAUAUAUAUUCCUUGGUCGGCCAUGGGGACCCUUUGGGAGGGUUGUCUUUGCACACACUUUUAUGGAUCGUUGUGUUAAGCCUACUGGGUGGCAUAACUGGGACAAAUCUGAGAAUGAAAGAACCGCGUGUUUCUAUGAGUACAGAUGCUCAGGGCCUGGUUCCCGACCAUCAAACAGAGUGGCUUGGUGUAGACAAUUGCUUGAUGUUGAAGCAGAGCAAUUCCUUACACACUCUUUUGUUGAUCCAGACCUUGAUAGGCCAUGGCUUCUCCAGAUGAUGGCGAUAAGAAUACCAGCUUCAGCGUAGUCUGAUGGCAGCAUAUUAGCUCAAGCCUCCUUCCUCUGAUAAAUAAAUUUGGGGAUGUACGAUAAGUUUGUAACAUUUGGUCAGUUAGUAUCCACGUUAUCAUAUCUGGGAGAGAGAAAUAUUUUGUUAUGUACGUUCUCACGAGUCAACUCUUUUUCUGUAUGAAAAUGCACUAAACUUGAUUGUAGCCAAAA